ACAUGACCAUAGGCUGCGAGUGAGAUUCGAUUGCUGUUGGUGUAAAGUUAAUAGGAGAUAACAAAAGUGGGCCGCAAUAUAAUUGUCUAAGUCGGAACCCUAGCUAGUAUUAGCCAGUAUACUAGUUUGAACUUGGAGUUAGAGCAAGUGAUUCGAGCCACGUGAAAAAGAGUGCAAUAAAAAAAAAAGUAUGGCCGCUAAAACUACUGUGGAAUGUAUUCAUCGGUGUUCAAGUUUGUUAACUCGACAAUCAGCUCAUAAGCAACUUUCAACGGCACCUUUAAUUUGUGCUAUGCUUUCAAGCAGAAAUUCACAUGUCCAUCGAAAUUCAACUAAUUCUCAUGUCAGAAUGGUUUCUACGUCUGCUACUAGAGCUAGGCAACACAGAGGUAUUAAAGGUAAGAAAUUGCUUAAAUAAUAAAAUCUGAAUAACUAUUUUAAGUAAAGUGAAGAGUAAAGACUAAAAAAUUUUUAGUAAAAAAACUAAAAUUAAAACUAAUAACCGGUAAUACAAGUAGCAGUAGGCUAAAUACAGUAGUCACAGUGGAGGAGUAACCAUAAUAACAGUGCAGACAUGAGAUAUAAUUUAACACAUGACAAAGACAAAAAACCAACCACAAACUAACAAGCCCCUCACUCAACUCUUUUACUUUUAGUUAGUAAGGCUCCUCCCCGUGCCUAAUCAAUACAAAAGAAAAUAUUAAUGGUUCUAACAAUCAACGAGGAGAAUAAAUCAAGUAUAAGGUUUUCUUGUUGGGUCACAAAUUUGUGAUGAGGUUGUCUAAUUUUAGCUAUACAUUUUUAAAAUAAGGGAAGGGGGACAAAAAUAAAAGGCAGUGUCUACACGUCCGGCGCGCCGGACGUCUAUCUCCCGCACUAUGUGUCCGGCGACCAAGUCACAUGACCGCCGUAACAAAGUGGCGAGAGAUAAUAUCUUGUCGGUCAGCCUUGUCACGUGACUGCGAAUAAUUCAAAACUAUUGUUAAUUUUAAAAUUUAUUUCUCUACCAAGUAAUGUACUGAGUAUCUUGAAUGCAAAUAAUAGAAAAAGAAACUUAAGUGAAAGUGGCUUGUAAACAUUUUUGUUUAGUUUGUUAUUUUUUGUGUACCAGUAAUCCAUAAAAUAAAUUAGGGGCCAGUGUGGCAACCAAUAAAAGUUAAAGAUUUCAUUUUAAAUUAUUUCAAUUGCUACAAAAUAUUUAAACACUUCUCAUGAAACUACUGUUGCUGAGAAACAUGAUAAUAUAAAUAUAUACAAAAUAUUUUAAUUAAAAUGGGAAGAAAAAAACGACCCUAUCCACGGUAUAGAUCCUCAAACAUUCCUAUUCCUAUCGUCAAGCAACCACUCUACCACAGACCAAACAAGAUACACUAAAUCGUACUUCGUUUGGAAUUAUAAAAACUACUAGCCGUCCGGCCAUGUCCGGCGGUCACAUGACAAGUCGCCGGACGUGUAUCUUGCGCACUACACGUCCGGCGCGCCGGACGUGUAGACACUUCGAAAAUAAAAAGUCUGCCAUAAUAUAAUAGUGUGUCAUUUAUGGAUGGCCCCGCCUUAAAUUUAGAGACUACAUUAAUUAUAAAUUUUACUGCAGGCAUGCAGUUACAGUGAUGAAGACACAAAUAUAAUUGGACAAUAAAGUAAUAAAGUAUACAAGAACUUGAAACAUUUUUAAAAAUGUUUUGGCACAUGAUAUUUGUUUAAAGAAAUGUUUGAUAGUGAAAAAGAGCCUUAUUUAAUUCAAAGAGUAGCAGGUUGCUGGCUAACAGAACAAAAUACUUUUGACAUUCGUCAAUAUAAGUUCAGAGCACUGUUAAAUUGUGUUUUAAAAUGUAUAGGGAUAUAAUAUUACAUUUCUCUUUUGUUCCUAGACAAAGUUUUAUUUACACCGGGCCCGCUAGGUGUAACGAUGACAGUAAAGGAGGCAAUGUUACGAGAUGUUGGCUCAAGAGACAAAGAAUUUAUUGAAUGUAUCAAAUUUAUUCGAUCGAGGAUUUUAGAAAUUGCAGGUAAAUGAUUUUUUGUUUAAAAGAAAAAUUAUUUUUUAGGCUGUAGCUGCUGGCACAAGACACCUUUGGUGGUCAAGUAAAGGUAAACAGGCUAAUGAAAAGAAUCUGUCUGAUUGAAGCUUGUGCUAAACAUGUAUGGUACAAAAUAUUCAACAGUGAAUCAUGUUAUGUACUUCAAUUCAAUAAAAAUAAAUUAAUAAAAAUAAUUAAGAAAUGCGGUGUAGCUACCAUUGAACUCCCUAAUGUUUAAAAAAAAAAUUAAAAACACAAUUCUCUUAAUUUUCAUUCCAAAUAGGAUGAAAUAUAAGAGAGAAGACUGCAAUGGGCUGUUGGUAGCUCAAAGAAUUGCCUCUUAUACUUUUAGGAGUCAUCCAUAUUUAAGAUAGGUCAUAAAAAGUCAAAUAAACUUUCUGUUUUAGGUGUAUCAAGCAAAGACUUUAGCUGCAUUCCUAUACAGGGCAGUGGAACAUUUGCUGUUGAUGCAUCAUUUCAGACAGUGUUACCUAGAGAAGGAGCCAAGGUAUGUUAAGAAGUAAUUCCAGUAUACACAAAACAAACGCUUGCCGGUGUGUACAUAUCUAUUAAUAAAAUAAGUGAGGCUUACAGCACUUGUUCGCAUUUAUUUAUUUCUUGGUGUGUAAUGGACUGUUGAUCCCCCGCUUGAUCAUACUAGGUACUGACAUUUGACCUAAGUAGGCACUGACGAGAAUACAAAUGCAAGGAGGUGAAUAACACUGGUAAUGACAACAAAUAUUUUGAUUUGCUAUCUUCUGCACAGGCUCUAAUAAUUGAAAAUGGUGCUUAUGGUAAGAGGAUGGCAAAGAUUUGUGAAGCUGCAGGUAUAAGCUGUGAUGUUCAGAGUUUCAGAGAAGACAGGCAAGUUGAACCUGAUGUGGUGGAGGAUGCUCUUAGUGGACAGACCCGCUAUGAUCUGGUAGCCAUUGUGCACAGUGAGACAAGCUCCGGUGUCAUCAACCCAGUGUUGGAGGUGGGCAACAUUGUCAGGGAACUUUCUCCAGGUGGGUUGUGCACAAGUAUUCACUCUCAAUAGGCUUGAUUACAUUUUUAAAAAUUAAAAUGGCUAAAGUAUGUUGCACUUGUGUACUAAGAAGUAAUUGGCUAAGAACUCACAAUAGAGAUCUUGUUGAGCUCAAGUUACAACCGUGUGAUUGAACAGGAGCCAACAAAAAUAUGUUUUUGGGGCAUACAUUUUUCAACUUCCGUCAUUCUGAGUUGAGUCAGAAUCAAGGUCAUUCUGAAUUGAGUCAGAAUCAAGGUCAUUCUGAGUUGAGUCAGAAUCAAGGUCUAAGUAGGUUUAACUCUAUUUUAUUAUCUUUCAUAAUAACUAAUAUAUGUAAAUACAAUUGUUGUGGCUAAGGAUUUAUAAAACCUUGUGUCUUUCUGCAUUAAUUAAGAUUGUAAUUUAUAAAUAUCGGUAUUCGAAUAUGUGCUAAAAUCACUUUUUUUUUCUUUUACUUGCAGGUUCCAUCUAUUUAGUUGAUGCCGUCAGUAGUUUUGGUGCUGUACCCAUUGACCUGGAAAAGAGCUGUAUUGAUGUCAUGAUUAGUUCAGCUAAUAAAUGUCUUCAAGGAGUCCCAGGGUUUGCCUUUGUCCUAGCACGAAACAGUGUUCUUGACCAAUGUAAAGGUAUGUCAAGGAAUUUUUUUAGAGAUUGUUUCAAGUAAAGAACUGCUCAGAACGUUUCAUGGCCUUGUAAGGGUGUAUUUUUGGUCAAAGAGCUUUAACACUUUAAAUACCUAUGAAACUUAAACUAAUGUACAAGGGAAAUUGUUAAAAAAAAAUUUUCCCCCUGACCACUGGGAAACUAUGGUUUCCAGGAUAGCAAUUAGUCAUUUCGGUUUUGUGAUUUCAUGGUCAAGAAAUAUCUUUUCAAUUGCAAGGAAAAUACUUCUUUGUUAUAGUGGAAUUUGAAAUUAAUUCCUUAAAAACUACAAAAGCAACAAGCAAUAUCGGUGUUAAGAAUAUAAAUUCUAAAAUCUAAAAAUAAGCACAAUGUUUUUCUGAAACUGCUGUCCUUAAAAAACUCACUAUUUCAUUUUAUGAAAGUUUGACUUUUAAGUAAAGUUGACUUCUGCUCUUUGCUUUGAAGUUUAAAAUGUAUUCCUGCUCUCAAUCUUACAGGCAAUUCCCGAAGCCUUGCCUUAGACCUUUAUGACCAAGCUAAACAACUUGACAAGACCAACCAGUUCCGGUUCACACCGGCCACACACUCCAUGCUUGCCUUCAAACAGGCACUGAUUGAGUUUGAGCAAGAAGGUGGUGUUCAAGGAAGAGCCAAAAGGUUAAAGCUACUUUACCUUAUUUAAUUCCAAUCUGGCCAAAACUGUUAGCUAUCAGCUCAAUCCCAUAGAAAGUCAAAUCAGGCUGCAAAUGUUAUAAAAAAACAAAACUGAAUACAAACCCAAAAUUCCUCCCCGAGCUGGUCCUAGGGAUAUUUCAGAAAACUAUUUUGUUGAUAUGAAAAUAUGCAUUGUUUCAGUGCCUCAGUACUUGGUCAUAAUUGGAAAUUUAGGAAUUAACACAACAGCAGCAUAGGAAAAAUAAUUUAAGAAUAACUGUUUAUGACCACAGUUCAUCUCAUUUCAAGUAACUGUGGCUGAAAAAAAAACAUUAAAAAAAACUUUAUCCGAGUUAAAGUAGGAUGAAGCUUGGAAAUGGCCUUUUGGUUGUUCCUUGCUAUUGCUUGUGUGGUAAAGGCUUCCGCCAGAAUCCUGCAUUUAUUAUAAAGUAGCUUAAAAGAAUCUGAAAAUACUAUUUUAGAAUUGUUUCAGUUUUCAUUGUCAGUGGUUUAAUGUUGUACUGAAUGUGCUCAUCGUAUCUGACGUUGAGUAAGUGUGCUCACCGUAUCUGACUUUGAGUAAGUGUGCUCACUGUAUCUGACAUUGAGUAAGUGUGCUCACCGUAUCUGACGUUGAGUAAGUGUGCUCACCGUAUCUGACGUUGAGUAAGUGUGCUCACCGUAUCUGACAUUGAGUAAGUGUGCUCACCGUAUCUGACAUUGAGUAAGUGUGCUCACCGUAUCUGACAUUGAGUAAGUGUGCUCACCGUAUCUGACAUUGAGUAAGUGUGCUCACCGUAUCUGACAUUGAGUAAGUGUGCUCACCGUAUCUGACAUUGAGUAAGUGUGCUCACCGUAUCUAAAGUUGAGUAAGUGUGCUCACUGUAUCUGACAUUGAGUAAGUGUGCUCACUGUAUCUGACAUUGAGUAAGUGUGCUCACCAUAUCUAAAGUUGAGUAAGUGUGCUCACCGUAUCUGACAUUGAGUAAGUGUGCUCACUGUAUCUGACAUUGAGUAAGUGUGCUCACCGUAUCUGACAUUGAGUAAGUGUGCUCACCAUAUCUAAAGUUGAGUAAGUGUGCUCACUGUAUCUGACAUUGAGUAAGUGUGCUCACCGUAUCUGACGUUGAGUAAGUGUGCUCACCGUAUCUGACUUUGAGUAAGUGUGCUCACCGUAUCUGACAUUGAGUAAGUGUGCUCACCGUAUCUGACAUUGAGUAAGUGUGCUCACCGUAUCUAAAGUUGAGUAAGUGUGCAGCAGCAUUUUUUGGGCUACAAUUAACCCCUGUAUCUUAUCAGGUUUCAAUCACUCUGAUGGAAUUUAGUCUUACAUAUAACAUUCUCAGAAACUCAAGACAGAAAUAUUUCCAUGACACAAAGUCGACCUCUUCAAGAUCAGCCUAUUCCGUAAGACUCAGGGCGCUGUUCUGCAUUCCUUAAAUGCUGACUCUUUAACAUUUACUAAAUAUUGCAGUUUCUAUUAAACAAAAUGAACAGCCUCUAAGUUAUAUUUUUCAACAGAUAUGAGAAUAACCGCACCAUCUUGAAGAAAGGCAUGUCAGAACUUGGAUUUAAAGAGCUACUGGAUGAGAAGAUAGCUGGUUAUAUCAUCACUUCUUACCUGUACCCCAAGGACCCCAACUUCAGCUUCACUGAGUUUUACAACCGACUCAAUGACAAAGGUAUUUUUGUGUUCAUGACUAAUCACUUCAUGCACAGAGCCAUUAGUUAGUUGACUGGUAAAUAAAGGUAUAUAGCUUGCAUUCAAGACGUAUGUCAAAUAUUUUUUUAAUUACAUUAUUUAAAAUUGAAACCGUUGGAAUUUUAAAAAUUAAAUGAAAGUUCAAAUAGUUUCUAAUACUGGCUUAAAUAAAGAUAACAUUAGUAACUUAUAAAUUAGUUUAUAAUGGAAAGUGUAAUGAAACAUGAAUGUCUAAUAUCCCAACUGUACCCAUCCCCCCACCCCAACCAGAUCUUGUCAUUUACCCAGGGAAAGUUCUAGACAUUGACUGCUUCAGAAUAGGAACAAUUGGGGAUCUUGAUGCUGAUGACAUGAAGACACUCCUGAAGGCCAUCAGGGAAGUGUGCGAUGACAUGAAGAUUCACAUCCCCAUUCAGAAUUAAGUUAUUUGAAUUACUUAAAAGCAUUUUGUCUGUCAUUUAGUUUGUGUCAUAUCUCUCGGAGUUCCAGAUCUUUGCAUGGAUGUUAAGCUAUUAAAUCCUUUCAUAUCUCUCGGAGUUCCAGAUCUUUGCAUGGAUGUUAAGCUAUUAAAUCCUUUUUUUUUUUUUUAUUAAAGAAAACAUUUUUUUUAAUUGUCUAUGCAUUUAAAUACUAGCCUGUCUUCACAUUGAAGCAGUUGGUCUGGUAUUUUUUGGAGUUUUGCUUGUAUUCACUGCUUUCUGCAAUGGAGGGAUUAUUUUUUUGUAAAUGAAAUAAUAGUUUAAAAAUAUUUUUAUAAAUCCUUUCAUAUCUCUCGGAGUUCCAGAUCUUUGCAUGGAUGUUAAGCUAUUAAAUCCUUUUUUUUUUUUAUUAAAGAAAACAUUUUUUUUAAUUGUCUAUGCAUUUAAAUACUAGCCUGUCUUCACAUUGAAGCAGUUGGUCUGGUAUUUUUUGGAGUAUUGCUUGUAUUCACUGCUUUCUGCAAUGGAGGGAUUAUUUUUUUGUAAGAGAAAUAAUAGUUUAAAAAUAUUUUUCUCAUUCAAGCUUCUUGUUUUUUUUUAUAAACUUUACAGGGUAAUUUGAGAUAACCAUUACAAAUGUUCAAAUGUCACAAAAUUUUGUUUCUCUUUUUUUAUUCUUUUAAUACUGUAAGUUCAUCUGUAAACCAGUGUUUCCAAUGAAAACCAAUGGCAAAGUUGCAAUCACAGAGCUAUUUCGCCUGAUGCACUAGAAUCAUGCCACAUUAAACCUUGUUGUAAAUCACCCAUGUUGCUCUAGUCCAUGGAGUUGUAAAAACAUCCAGCUGUCUAGGUUUUCUCUGUAGAAUUUGACACCCAACUUGAGUGAAAAGUGUCCAAUUAAAGAAUGACCUGCAUUGCUAAAUAAUCCAACCAAUUGCUGUAGACAUUUCCUUAUUGGAUCAAACUCUUUUUUACUCAAUAAAUCCAUUAUUUUCAUUAUUAGUUAUAAAAUGAUUUUUCUUAUAAUGAAAUACUAAAUUUUAUAGUGUUUCAAAAUAAUUUCAAUGAAAAUGUUAAGAAUAAAAUCUGCUCAGAACUGUCAUUUAUGUACAUGAAAAUGCUGAUGAAUUAUCAUUUACAUGUGAUCAUGUAUAUACCAGAUUUUUGCAUUUAAUUCAGUUUACAAGAUCUGUUAUGUUUUUUAAAACAAAUACUAGUUAAAAUUAAGUUGUGUUGCAAGAGAGUAAAAAAUACAAGAGCUACGUGAACGGUAGUAUUGAAAGUAUUUACAAGCUGAAUAAAUGCACACUGAACAUCUCAUGUUAGUCUUAUGUUGUAAAGGGAAUGUAUGCAGUGCAAGAAAUAUAAACAAGUUCUGUGCAAAAUAAAAAGUUGUGAGUAUUAACAACUUGCCCAACCAACUUUGAGAUUUUUUGUUUUAUUUGUAACUUUAUUCUAUUGGAUGGACAGAUAUUUCUUUACACCAGCCAAAUGAGAAGAAAACAUUUCCUUACCGUAACAAAAUGUUGUAAGGGCUCAACAGUUUGUAUUUCAAUAUGUGGUAACAUUUAUGUAUGCGUACACCUACGACUUGUUUCAAGUCUCAAUCUAAUGAAAUAUUUCCAUUAAAUUUGUUCAUUGGCAAAUCGUAUGACAUAUCAAUGCUCUAUUAUGUUGUCAGAAACUUUAAAAUAGAAGAUGGUAUGAAUUAUGCAUUGCAGAAUGUUUGACAGUGUGUGUGCAGUAUUUAUUGGCUUGCUCAAAUGUUAUUUAUGUGAUUGUAUUGACCAGAGCUUGCUUCAUAAGAUUGUUGUUUACUCUGACUUGAGAAAUGUUUGCAAAUAUAACAACAAGCUGUAAACAGUUAUGUGAACAUAGCUGGUCAAGUUAAACUCAUUGGUAAUGUUAAACUAUAAUGUGAACAUAGUUGGUCAAGUUGAACUCAUUGGUAAUGUUAAACUAUAAUGUGAACAUAGCUGGUCAAGUUGAACUCAUUGGUUUUGUCAUGAGAAACUGUCAUCCAGCCUACAUUCUGAAUAAAAAUGACAUAACAGGUUUGCAAGCACUUCAAAAAAUAUGACAUUGAAUAGUUCAGACAAAUGUGACAUAGAAUAGUUCAGGCAAAUGUGACAUUGAAUAGUUCAGACAAAUGUGACAUUGAAUAGUUCAGACAAAUGUGACAUUGAAUAGUUCAGACAAAUGUGACAUUGAGUAGUUCAGAAAAAUGUGAUAUUGAGUAGUUCAGACAAAUGUGCAUUGGAUGUUUCUGGGUCUUUAUUCUCAUUUCAAAUUAUUUUUUACUUCUAAAAGUUUUUCUAAAUUAUUUUUUGUGGCUUUAUUUCUGUUCUUUGUCUUGAAUGAGAAAUGUUUUAUUCUGUCAUGCAUCGUAAAUAAGUCUAUUAGAUUAUCCAUUAUGAUUUUAUUACUUUCUACUCUUGGUUUGAUAUGUUGUUUUUAAAAAUUAAAAUGUACCUUUAUACGUACAACAGAUCUUUACACUUUACAUUGGAAUGAUUUUUCAUGUAUUAAAGAGGGAAAUACAAAAUACUGAAAAUGUAUGGUUGUUUCUUUAUUUAUACUACAGACUUUUUUUAAAGACAGUUAUAUACAGACACCAUGAAACGGAAGACCAGACUUCACUUAGAAACACAGGGACACCAUGGAGCAGACUUCACUUAGAAUCUAAUAAAGAGACACCCUGGAGCAGACUUCACUUAGAAUCUAAUAAAGAGACACCAUGGAGCAGACUUCACUUAGAAUCUAAUAAAGAGACACCAUGGAGCAGACUUCACUUAGAAUCUAACAAAGAGACACCAUGGAGCAGACU